AUGACUCCGCGCCAGUCCACCUGUGAUGAUGCAAAUACUGGUGGAGACAAGGACUUCAUCGAUGCAAUCCGGCGUAGUUUGGACGGGCUCGAGACUCUGGCGCUGGAGCAGAAUGAAUUUAAAUGGGCCGAAUUCUUUGCCCGGCGCAUGCGCCAGCAGCCUGUGUGUCUACUGGGGAUUUCCUCGCUGUUCCUAGUUGCUGCAGACGUCACAGCGUUCGCUGCAGCUGCCAGCGGGGGUGAGCACCAGAUGCGUGUUCGGAGAGCUUUGCUGUUCGCGCAGGGGCUGGCUCUGCAACAUGUGGAACAGGGGCCAAGCGCUUCGCAAGGCGCCAGGGCUCUGGACCUUCUGAGGACCAGAUGGCCACUGUGGCAGCUGCUGCGGAGUGUCCGCAAGGAGAUGGCUUCUGGAAGCCGAUUUGCACUUCCAGCUCCGCGUCGUGCGGCGCUUCCCGAGACUGCCCUCGAGUUGCCAGAGGAGGAUAUCUAUCUCACUGUGAUCGUCCAAUGCCGAAACGACGACUACGGAGGCAACAUGCUCCUUCGCUUGAACCGAAUGUUGGCAACAACCGCGACAAUGCUCCACUCAGCUCAAGUGCCAGCUGAGAUCAUUGUCGUGGAAUGGAAUCCGCCGCUGCACGAACCCCACAUGCGGGAAGCCAUCACGCGUGAGCCCGGUGGAGAGAGCGUGCCCAUCCGGGUAAUCCAUGUGCCCACAUCGAUUCACAUGUCCAUGCCUCACCACAAGGCACAUCCGAUCUUCGAGCAUACGGCAGAAAACAUAGCGUUCCGCCGCGCUCGCGGACAGUUCAUUCUCAAGACGAACAUAGACAACAUUCUCAGUCCGUUUACUGUGAUGUUUAUCGCCAGGAGAGAGCUUCAGCCCGAUGUGGUUUAUCGUGCUGCCUACAUGGAGUAUGAUGUGACAUGUCCCGAGACAGAGGGCAUGACUGCGAACGAGUUGCUCGAUUGGCUCUUCUCGCGGGAGGACUUGGUCAACAACAUGAACUUGGAGUUGGCAGAUUUGAGAGAAAAGUAUCCAGACGACGCCAUGGUGUGCAUGGAGUCAGGACAAGACGUUGCCCAAGGCGAAUUCGAGCACCGACCUUUCUACUGGCCUGGCAGCGGGGACUUUGUGCUUACAAGUAGACGCUGGGUCCUGGCCGUCCAUGGGUAUCCGGAGGUGGCGCAGAAUUGGCAGACCGAUGAUCUGAUUCACUGUCGACUGCGCGCUGCUGGCGUGCGGCAGGUUGUGCUGCAGCCCCCGUGCGUGACGGUCCAUCAGAACCAUCGGCGCAUAAAUCGGGUCCGUGCCAGCACCAGAUGGGUCAUCACGGACCACAACUUUAAGGAGGUUUGCGCCAACCCAUUUCGUCCGAUGCAGACGGAGAUUGGCUUGGAUGACAAGUGGGGCUUCGCCGACUACGCCUUCGAUGAGUUUGUGCUGUAG